CUUAGACAAUUUAAACUUGCUUUAUUUCUACUUAGUUUGUCAUAAAUAGUAAAUACCAAGUAAUAAGUUAUGGCACAAGCACUUGAAGACAUGGGAAUUGCUGGCAAAAGCUUUUUGCAAGAAGCAUUAACUAACACGACUGACCCGCUGGGCGCAAUCGAAGAAUUUCAACAGGAGAACAGCAUUUUGUUGCCAUCGUUACAACCGGCUUUGCCAUUAUUAGACCUUCACGAUUUAAAGAGAUUGGAUUUUCACCAAUCUGUUUUCGAAGUGCUGCGUGAUCAUCUGUUGAACAGAAUCACUGAAAUAUCAAAAGAAAAAGAUUCUUCAGAGAAAUUAAAUGCAAUCCUUGAAAAAAGUUUUCCAGUGAUAAAGAUUGAUUCGCUUGUACCUGUGUCCAUGUGUUUGCUCAAGCAUUUACCAAAAGUGCCAGAGAAAUAUAUUUCUGUUCUCACUAAAGACAAGAGUUUAUACAGCGCAUGUCCAAUCCAAGUAAAAAGACAAAUAUGGCAGAAAAAUCAAACCAUAUUCGGCGAUGAAGUUCUUCCUUUACUGACACGUUAUAUUAAGGAAAAGGAAGUGGUUUUGUUGGACGGGGAAUGUUUAGAGGGAAACAACUUUUUUACUUCGUCACCAAAAUCUCGAAGGCAAGGUCAUGUAGUUAAGACGCUUACUGAGAUGAUCGGUAAAAACAUCCGUUUAUAUGACAUGGUACUUCAGUUUCUUCGAACAUUAUUCCUUAAAACUCACAACGUUCAUUAUUGUUCGUUAAGAUCUGAGAUGCUGAUGUCACUGCAUGAUCUUGAGGUUACAGAAGUUUGUACAGUUGACCCAUGUUAUAAAUUCACAUGGUGUUUGGACGCUUGUAUACGGGAGCAUUAUGUUGAUGUUAAACGGGCAAGAGAGUUACAAGGGUUUCUAGAUAAUGUAAGAAAAGGACAUGAACAGGUGUUAGGUGACUUGUCAAUGAUCCUGUGCGACCCAUUUGCAGUAAACACAAUGUUAUGGAGUGUCAUGAAGAUUAUUCAUGAACUAACUGUUAAGGAGACUUUACCAAGGGAGAGCACUGAGUUAAUGUUGUUGAUCCGAAUGUUGAAACUUGGACAGUCAGCGUGGGAUAUUAUCAAUAAACAGAUCUUUAAGGAGCCAAAAGUUGACGUUGAUAUUUCAAACAAAUUUAUUCCUUGCAUGGUUUGUAUUGGAGUUUGUGAACAAUCGGUAUUGUUGAGAAACAAAGUGAAAAAUCUGAGGAAAAGUGUCGCAGAUUGUGAUGUCACAACACCGGAUGAUGAUCAAAGUAAAAAGAAAUCAAAACCUAAAAAGGCAGCUGACAUAGGAGAUGAAAGCAAUGAUAAAGAAACAUCUUCAACAACGAUCAACUACAUACACAAGCACAUUGAGAAAGAUCAACUUUGUCGAAUAAUAUUGAUGUGGUUUACUUUGCAUUUGGUGAAAAAUAAAAGGAAAACACAGCUUAUACAAGUUCUGCCAAUAUUGGGUAAAGAAUGUUCGAUGGACAAUGUGUUUCUACACGCGUUAACCACAUCCUUCACUGCACACCCUGAACUUGUGGCUGACGAUAAUUUGUGUCAAGCGUUGUUCAAUAAAUUGUUGGUGGUUACAAAAUCACUCAAAGAGACACAACAUCGACAAAUAUUACGACUCGUAAUAAACGUUUGCCACAAACUUCCAGCAGAAAGAUUGAAAAUAUUGAUCACCAAACUUGAACCAAAGGGUAAAAAAGCUGCUGAAGUUUUGAUCCAACUCCAUCAGAAACUUAAAACCAAAGUAUCUUCGCUGCAAAGUAGUGCGGCACCAUCUGAGCCCGCUGAUCCCACUUCGGCGAGCAACAUCCUUGGAGUAGCGACAAUCAUCAAACAUCACUAGAUCUUGAGAUGUCGGCAAGCAAAGAUGCAGUUUCAAUGAUCAUCUCCUCCGGACUUUGUUGCUCCUCGAAUAAAUCAUCUUCAUCCACAACAUCUUCUUCCUCCUCUUCAUCUUCUGUUGAUGAAGAUCUGCUCCAUGUUUCUUCUUCUUCUUCUGUUCUCGUGUCUGGAUGAUUUGAAAUAAAUUGAUCAAACAAAA